AUGGAGUUCAUUGAUUAUCAGGCAUUUGAAACUGCUCCAGACAAUAAUGACAAGUCUGGAACCAAUGGUGAGGUCAGUUUGCCAGAACCCGUGUCUAGACUGAACAUAUCCUCAUUCUCUCUGGAUUACAAGCCUCUGAAAGAUAACUUCAAGCUGCCGUCAAUACUCUCAAAUGUAGAGACCAGUUUACUCCAAACUAAAGCAGAUGUUCAGGAUGAUACUGCUAUGGCGCAAAAGUUAAAGAAGGAUACCUCUAACUUAUAUGAUCGUAUGUCAGAUUAUGUUGAUCUUUCUAUUCAGAAUUUUGGCACUAAAAAUAUUAAGGAUUCAACACCUAUACCUGAAGCUACUACAAGGAAAACUCUAGUGGAGCCAUCCUCAAUUGACUUAGAGAAAUCUAAUGAAAUUCUAGCUAAGAAGCUAUCAAAAGUUUUAAAUGAAUAUGACACCAGUUACCAUCACACUAUAAAGUUAAGGAAAUCAUUGAAGAUACUAGAAAAAAAUAGGGAUAAACUAGGUAUUAGUGAGGAGAAAUUGAUCAGUCCUGACUAUAUUGGCACGCUGGCAAGAAAAUCGCUACGAACUGAUCUUGAAACACAACUUUUGAAGGAUCAUGUUACAGUUUUGGAAGAUUUUAAACCAAUUGUUAGAAGAAUUAAGAGACUAGCAGCUCCAGUUCAGCAAAUUGAAAACAUUGGGGAGGAAAUUUUGAAAAAUGACAAAGAGACAUUCUCUCAAAAAUAUAUUAGUGAUAUUGACGACUGCAGGAACCACCUACUCAAAUUAGAAAUAAAGAAGAAGAUCUUGAAGGCUUUGCAAUCAAAAUUUACACUAAACCAAUUAGAAGAUGAUCUGAUAGAAAAUGGUCCUUUAAAGGAAGAAAUAUUUGAUAUUGUUGAUAAACUAACGAAGAUGAAAGAACAUGCCACCUAUUUGCUCGCUUUACCUAAUUCAAAAGCUGGUGAGGUUCUAAUUAAACAGACCAAUAUUACAUUGGAUACUAUUAAUAAGAAAAUCUCAAAUUAUCUGAUAGACUAUAUGUAUACUUUUGAGUCAAAUUCAAACAUGGGAACCAAACACGUAAUCGACCCUACAGAAAGGAAUCUAGCUCUAUUUCAAAAGGGGUUGGUUUACCUUUCAAAUGACAUCCAAUACUAUGACGAUUUUUUGAAGAGAGUAACUACCAUGAGAUCAAAGACACUUCUAGACGAGUUUUUAUCGCAAUUUGGAACCACCUCAGAAUUGUCUACAACAAUUUCUUCCUCUGAAGAUCCGGUGCGCUAUAUUGGUGAUGUUUUAGCCACAAUACACACUAUGAUUGCGAAUGAAGUUGAUUUUGUCAAAUCUUUGUUUAAGUUCACCUCUGAAGACAUGGACAAAUCAUCUAGCAUGAUUAUAAAUAACAAUGCACAGUAUUUCGAUGGCCUGGAUCUUAAGUUAGUAAAUGAUAUUGUACAAUAUCUAGCAAAUUCGUGCAAACUAAGGAUUGAACAAGUCAUUCGUUUUGAAGAAAAUAAGGUAAUUAAUUUUGAGAUCACACAGUUGCUGGAUUUAUACUCAUCUAUGUUUGUUAAUAAAGGAAUAAGAGAUGAUAAUCCUUUAGUUUUACAUCUAAUCCAAUUGAGAGACAUCUCAGAAAAAAAGAUAAUCAACUCAUUAACUAAACAAUUAGCAGAAACAGAAAAUACACAAAUAUCAUCACCAGAUUUAUUACCUCCUCAAUGGCUGUCAGAUUAUUUAAAUUCUAUCACCGAGUUGUUUGAUCAUGUUGAAAGACUUUAUGGUGGUAAAAGAUUUUCAAAGGAUGACAUCGAUUCUGAUAAGUACAUGUUUCCAUAUGAUACAUUAAAGACUGUUAUAGAAGAGCCAUUUAUGACUAGUCUGAUCAAACAAAUAAAAGACUCAUAUCCAUUAGCCAAAAAGAAGGAAGAGAUAAGGAUUGUAAUGCUAACACUACAGAUUAAUUGUUUUGAAAUGAUUAAUUUUAGACUUCAACCAUAUUCAUUAUCCAUAUUUUCAUAUGACGAGUCCUGCAAACAUAUAUUAGAGAAUAUACAGCAUACAUUGGAUGAAACUGUAGAGAAGUUGCAGAAGCUUCAAAUUUCAUUACUUUUCGAAAGAACAGGCUUGAAUAUGUACUACAACCUGAUGAAUAUGAUUUUCCCAAUUGACUCAAUUCAAGAUGAAAUAGAUUAUGACAUGUAUAUGUCCCUAGUAGACAAUCCUUUAAUGAGUCUAGAAAAUCUAGAAAAAAACAUUCAUGAAAAACUGAAUGACUAUCUACCCCAGGCAUUACCUGAUUUUCAAGAUAACUUACUAAUUAAGUUAACAUCUCCGUCGAUUGCAGAUGAUGUAUGCGAAAUUUGCUUCAGAACAUUGACCGACUUCUAUUGUAUCUUCAGAAGAAUUCUAAAACAUCUAUAUCCAGAUAAUAAGGAAAAGGUCGAAGCAAUUCUCAACUUUACAGAAUCGGAGUUUAAGACUUUAGCAGGUGUAUAA